AUGUCAGUUUCCGGGGAUCAUUCCAAUUCUGUUUUCGCCAAUGUUGUUCAAGCUCCUGAAGAUCCCAUUUUAGGGGUCACUGUUGCUUAUAACAAAGAUCCAAGCCCAGAUAAGUUGAAUUUGGGCGUUGGUGCUUAUCGUACUGAGGAAGGUAAACCUCUUGUUCUUAAUGUGGUGAGAAAAGCAGAGCAACUGCUUGUUAAUGAUCCAUCACGCGUAAAAGAGUAUCUUCCAAUUACGGGGCUAGCUGAUUUCAACAAAUUGAGUGCCAAGCUUAUUUUUGGUGCUGAUAGUGUUGCUAUUCAAGAGAAUAGAGUGACUACUGUCCAGUGCUUGUCUGGCACUGGUUCAUUAAGGGUUGGAGGAGAAUUUUUGGCGCGGCAUUAUCAUGAACGCACUAUAUACAUCCCGCAGCCCACAUGGGGAAACCAUCCUAAAGUUUUUACUUUAGCAGGGUUGUCUGUCAAGACUUAUCGCUACUAUAACCCAAAUACACGAGGCUUGGAUUUUGAAGGGCUAUUGGAGGAUCUUGGGAAUGCCCCAACUGGAGCAAUAGUUCUUCUUCAUGCAUGUGCCCAUAAUCCAACAGGUGUAGACCCUACUUCCGAUCAGUGGGAGCAUAUAAGGCUAUUGAUGAGAUCUAAAGGAUUGUUACCCUUUUUUGACAGUGCUUAUCAGGGCUUUGCUAGUGGGAGCCUUGAUGCAGAUGCAUCGUCAGUUCGAAUAUUUGUUGCAGAUGGAGGUGAAUGCCUUGCAGCACAGAGUUAUGCGAAAAACAUGGGACUUUACGGUGAACGUGUUGGUGCACUUAGCAUUGUAUGCAAAACUGCAGAGGUGGCAAGCAGGGUCGAAAGCCAGCUAAAACUGGUCAUCAGGCCUAUGUACUCUAAUCCACCUAUUCACGGUGCAUCAAUUGUGGCUACUGUACUCAAAGAUAGGGGCAUGUAUGAUGAAUGGACUAUCGAGCUGAAAGCAAUGGCUGAUAGAAUUAUCAGCAUGCGCAAGGAACUUUUUGAUGCUUUGCAAGCUAGAGGCACUCCAGGUGACUGGAGUCAUAUUCUGAAGCAAAUCGGGAUGUUCACAUUUACUGGGUUGAAUGCUGAUCAAGUUGCCUUCAUGAGGAAAGAGUACCACAUAUACAUGACAUCUGACGGGAGGAUUAGCAUGGCAGGUCUUAGUUCUCGGACCGUCCCUCAUCUUGCAGAUGCAAUACAUGCUGCUAUUUCCAAUGUAGCAUAA